AUGGCCUCGCUGCCGGUGGGAUCUCAUCAUCCACCGGAGCCGCAGCCGCAGCCGCAGCCGCAGCCGCUACAGCAUCAGCAGCAGCCGCAGCAGCAGCAGCCAUCCCACGAGGCGUUGGUGAAGAUCGCGCAUCGCCGGCCGGAGAUGGGAGAGGAGAAGGUACCUUGACCCCGUUUACCCUGCGUAUUGUCCCCGCAGUCAGUUGUUUUGGUUUCGCUAGUCUUGUGUUUUUGCUAUUCGGUCGGUGUUUGCGAGAUCUGCGGUUUUUAGGUUGUUGCGGAAUAGAUCCCUGCGGUUCUCGUACCGUUGAACGUUGUCAUCCCGUCCUUCGCUACCGCCGUUGUGAAUGAUAUUGCGGCAUUGUUGGAUCUCUUCUAGCUGAUCGGGUUUCUGCCGGUAAUUCUUGGGCAUCAUCCUGUACUAUUUUUGAAGCUUAUCGAAGCAUAUGUGGUCCACACACGCAGUCGUUUUGUAUUUUUUUCUUAGACAUAUUAUCGAAUUUUCUAUUUGUUGUUUUUAUAUGCCUAACGGGUUUUUAUACGUCAAUGAUAGCCGGGAGUCUUUGUUCCUCUAUCGGAGACUCCUGUUUCUCAAUCCCCUUCCUUCUGGAUCAAUAUUUCCAUUAUUUUUACGGUGUUUGGUUCAUGUCUUUUAACUCGGAUUUUCAUUUGAAGAAGAGCGUUCUUUUUUAUGGACUUCCUGGCACAUUAUUCACCGUUUCUUCAUCGUAUUCCUAGCGGCUAUGAAUUUGUGGCUGGUAUUUUUGAUCAGGUUACAUUUGGAUUUUCCUUAAAUUUAAUAUAUUUUCCUGUAUUGGACCCCCCUUCUUGCCUUUAUUUUGCUUUCCUGCGAAUCUUUUCUGGUAUACUAGCCUUCAUUGAUCGUACACAGUUGGUCCCGCUCUACAGUAUUCUCACUGUGUUGUGCUCAUCUCUACCCUCACGUAUGGUGAUCUGCAAUCAUUGACGCUUUUUUGGUAACUGGCUUACCUUGGCUUUUUUUGCUGCUUCUAUUCCGUAGAUUCUAUUUUCAAUGCUGUCAUCAUCAUUAUCAUCUCUCUCUCUCUCUCUCUUGCUAAUUUUACUAGGAUUCUUUUAUGAAAGUUGGUCGAUUUCACUGGAAUCUUGUAUCUAAAAAUGCUUUACUUUGUCUUGAAUUUGUAUUCGGAUUGCUGUCGUUUUUCCUCAUCUUGUAUUUCUGAUUGCUAUUCGAAUUAGAUGCAAAUGCUUGAACUUUAUCGUUGAAUACUUGUUGCAGGAAGCCACCGUUGUUGAGGGGAAUGAUCCAGUAACUGGCCACAUUAUAUCAACCACCAUAGGAGGAAAAAAUGGUGAACCCAAAAGAGUAAGGACUGAUAUCAGAACAAAUUUUUUGUGCUUGUUUUCUAUCGACAUCUUCAGUAUGCUAAUUGUAAUGGGAUAUGGAUGAAUCUCUUUUCUUAUUGAUGUUGGCGUUGACCUUAUUUUUUAUUCAGCUUUUUGUACGAAAAACCUUUCCACCCAAAGCACGCUUUAUGCUUAAGGGUUUUAUAUGGGGUAUACCUAUAUUGAAUUGUGUGCUACCUCUUAGCUUCUGAUUUCACAUAGGCAAUCUGGAUUUCAAUGUUUUUGUUUCUCAUUUAUUUUUUCAUGUGCAAUCAUGAUUUCUUGCUUUCAUUUCAAAAAUUUAAGAACAUUUUAAAAUCACUAUCUUUUCCUUCUGUGUACGACAUGAUAGCCUUGCUGGUCGUCCCAUAUUUUCUGUCAUUAGAUGAUAAGAUUUUUGAACAAAUUUGCAACCUUCAUUUUCCUAUCCAGGAAAACAAUAAUUAUUUUCUUCAUCAUGUACGUUCAGAAUCCUGAAAGAUAUCAGAACCUUUAGGAAAUCGCAAUUGGGAUCUUUUCUGUUGUGAUUUAUAGCAUGACAAUGUUGCACUUCUGCUUUACUUGCAGACUAUCAGUUACAUGGCUGAGCGAGUUGUCGGAACCGGGUCAUUUGGCAUUGUCUUUCAGGUUAAUCUCGAUUUUUUUUCACCUUUUGCUCAAUUAGAAUGCGUCACUUUCUACCAAGCUUAUUUUGUCUGUAUCAUGCAGGCAAAAUGCCUUGAGACUGGAGAAACAGUCGCCAUCAAGAAAGUAUUGCAGGACAGACGAUACAAGAAUCGUGAGCUGCAACUCAUGCGAUCAAUGGAUCAUCCUAAUGUGAUAUCUUUAAAACACUGUUUCUUCUCAACGACCAGUAGAGAUGAGCUCUUUCUCAAUUUGGUAAUGGAAUAUGUUCCUGAAACUGUAUAUCGAGUAUUGAAGCAUUAUAGUAACAUCAACCAAAGGAUGCCGCUUAUUUAUGUGAAACUCUACACUUACCAGGUAUAUAAUGUUAGGGUCUCUUUGCCCUGUAUUUGGUACAGUACUGUCUCGUGAUCCUUUAAUAACCAGGUUGAUGUGUGUAGUGGGUGCAUAUUGUAGCCAGGCUCAAAUCUGUAAUAUCUUCUCGUGCAGAUUUUUAGGGGAUUAGCUUAUAUGCACACCAAUCAAGGUGUCUGUCACCGCGACGUGAAACCACAGAAUCUCCUGGUAUUUCUCUUAAAAUGAAUGUAUUUCAUGACGUUUAUGAGAAUAGCCUUUUUUUAAUUUUUUAUUUUACUGUUCUGUAGUGAUGUUUUUGUUUUUUUUUCGUUUCGUGUGACUCCCUGUGCAGGUUGACCCUCUUACCCACCAAGUAAAGCUAUGUGACUUUGGUAGUGCCAAAAUUUUGGUACGUAUUUUUGUUUAUUUCUGAUCAUCUGGUAACUUUUUUGUAGUAUUAUUUGCAUGAAAAAGUCUUUGGUUGAUAGAUGCUAACACAGUUCCUAAUUAUAUUUCGCUUUGUUGUUGCUUUGAAUCUGUUUUCAUAAUAGACAAGGAAAGAGAGUAAAAGUAAGAAAUCAAAAACCGUAGAUUGUGGCCAGUGAAAAUGAUUUAACCUGUUGGUCUGGUACAUGCUAGGAGUUGUUGGUCCUAAAUAGUAGCAUUUUCUUGCUCUCGAAUUUCCAUGUAAAUGCUGCUAGAAUUAAUUCCUCAUGGCUUACUUGCACUUUUUUCUUAACCCUUGACUGGUUCAUCAACGGACCAGUGAUCUGCCAUGGCCCACACGUCAAUGGUCCUCAUCCAAAAUCUCUCACCACCAGAAGAUUUUCCAUACUAGGUAUCAGAUGUGUGAUUGUUGUGGCAAGACCCAAUAUUGUUGUGCACUCUGGUGCCAACUCUCGUCUCCUUGAGUUACCAGUAGCAUAUGAAAUGUGAAAAACUUUGUUUCGUGAAAGGAUUUGCUCUUAAUAUCUCGGCAUGCCAUACUCACUGUCAAUGUGGGUAUAAUACUCUCAUUGAAGACCUUAACAACAAUUUUCGAAGGGGAAUCGUUGCGAUUGGGCAUUUUUACUAUUUAUGCAAAGAUAACACAUUUCGUUACCUUGCUCAUAUGUUCUUGCAUGCGCAUGUAUUAUAUACAUAUACAUAUACAUAUACAUAUAAAUGGGUGUAUAUGCAUGUGUAGCUGGCUGAAAGUAGAUCAGAUUAGUAUGGCUUCCGUUUUAUAUUUAGCUAUUUAUGUAAUUAUUCUUUAUUCGAUUUUUGUAUGUCGGUUGCGUUACCUUCAAUUAUGUGUAAUUAGGUUAAAGGUGAAGCGAAUAUAUCAUACAUAUGCUCUCGGUACUAUCGCGCCCCGGAGCUUAUAUUCGGCGCAACGGAGUACACCACGUCGAUCGAUAUAUGGUCGGCGGGCUGUGUUCUCGCUGAGCUACUCCUUGGUCAGGUGAGAAUCCCGCACCUUUUUUGUCUUUGCCCAUUUGAACAGGAAUCCAGCGCGACGCAGAUUCUGACCUUCACUUCGCUUCUGACCAUUCUGAUGAUAUACGUAGCCAUUGUUUCCUGGGGAAAGUGCCGUUGACCAGCUCGUUGAAAUAAUCAAGGUAACCAUCAUGCAUCCCGCGCCUCACCUCCCCCGUGGAAUCCGGCAAGUCUUUCCUUUACUCAGCUGUGAGUUCUCCCCGCAGGUCCUCGGUACCCCAACACGUGAAGAGAUUCGAUGCAUGAAUCCUAACUACACCGAGUUCAGGUUUCCGCAAAUAAAAGCUCAUCCAUGGCACAAGGUACCUUUUUUUUUUUUCUUUUUUUUUUGUUUGAGCCUGUUGGGCCGGGGAGCUCUCGAGAUCUUCACAUCAUUCUCUACCUCUACUUAGCUAAAAAUGUAUGGCGAUUGUAAUUCUAUUGCGCCUCCGGUUGCUGCAGGUCUUCCAUAAACGGAUGCCGCCAGAAGCCAUAGAUCUCACGUCGAGGCUGCUGCAGUACUCUCCGAGCCUUCGUUGCACGGCGGUGAGUUUCCUCUUCUCUCGAGCUACUGUGAGCUGAGCAAGUCUGCCUUGGUGUGAGUCAACGCCCGGGAUUCUUUAGCCUGAGAGGAAUUAUCAUAAUUACAUUAAUAGGUAUAAUUUGUGGAUAAUAGGUAAAUGGUUUAAAUCUAUGUGGCUUUUUCUGGGGUGGAUGAAUUAUUUGGUUUUUAAUUAUUUGUAAAAAAAAUUAAUGGUGGGGUUGGUGGUUUCUGGUGGUUUCUGGUGGUUUCUGGUGUGUUGUUGCAGCUGGAGGCGUGCGCCCACCCCUUCUUCGACGAGCUGAGAGAGCCGAAUGCGAGGCUGCCAAAUGGCCGUCCGCUGCCGCCGCUGUUCAACUUCAAGCAGGAAGUAAGUUGGGUGAUCUUCUUGCAUUGAUGCUUGCCGGUUUUAGUUAGUUGCCUGUCGAGUUCGUGGAUGUUUGGGAUCGUGGUUAUUUAUCAACUUCAGGCCAUAGAAACUGGUUCUUUAGAUGCUUUCCGGUCAGUAGGGGAGAAAAAAAUCUUCUUGGUCUGCUCUCUCUCUUUCAUUUAAACCGGGACACUUUCUCUCUCUUCUGGGUCUUCUCUCUCUCUCUCUUUCAUCUGUUGGGGACACCUAUCUAUCUCAUCUCUCUUCAGGGUCUUCUCUCUCCCCUCUCUCCCUCUCACAUCUGAAUGGGCGCGCACUAUCUCUAUUCUGGGUUCUCAGCACACUUUCUCUCUCGUCUGGCUCUCUCUCUCUCUUUCAUCUGAAUGGGCGCGCCCGCCCAUCUAUCUCUCUUAAGGGUCUUCUCUCCUCCCUCUCUCUCUCUCACACACAUCUGAAUGGGCGCACCUAUCUGUCUCUCUUCUGGGUUCCUCAGUACAUUUCUCUCUCUUCUGUCUCUCUCUCUCUCUCUCUCAUCGUCAUUACACUCUUUUUGGACUAGUGCUAUCUGUCACGGUCGGCACUGUUUUCUGGGUCCGCAGCGAUUUUCGAGAUCUUAUCGAUCAUUUCGGAAUAGAAGAAUUUCUGUGUCGACCCUCUCUCUCUCUCUCUCUCUCUCUAUCUCUCUAUCUCUCUCUCUAUCUUUCUCGGCAUUCACCCUCUUCUGUUCUACAAAUCUUGCAGCUGUCAGGUGCGUCGCCGGAGCUGGUCUCCAAGCUGAUCCCCGAGCACGUGCGACGCCAAUCCGGCGCCACUUUCUCUCACCUGGCCGGCACGUGA